AUGCUCCCAAAUAGUUGGGAGUGGACGGAGGUGCGACGUAGAACACCGGCGACUGAGAAUAAGGACAAACACAAGAUAACCAAUGUCUACGUUGCAGGUUUUCAGGGAGGAACGAGAAAAUCGGAACUAUGGAAACUCUUUGCGAAGCAUGGAAUAGUGGUAGACGUCUACCUGGGAGGUAGAAAAGAUUACCAAAGGCUGAAUUUUGCUUUUGUCCGAUUCAAAGGUGUGGUAGAUGAGAAGGCAUUAGAAGUGAAUCUGCAAGGCAUCAAAUGCAGGGGAGUAGAACUCAACAUUAGCUUAUCCAAACACUCGAGAAAGGCCCCGAAGACUCAACAUUCACCUCCUCGAUGUAAGUUGUCAUAUGAUGUAUCCCCUCCCCCCUUCCGUCGACCGGCCCAAGAGACAAGAGAACCUAUGCACAAGUCACAACGAGAAGUAUAG